GGGUUAAGUUGUAAUUUGUUAGCUCAGCCAACUUUCACUACAUAUUAGGGCACAUUGGUUUUAGAUUUACAUGUUUUCGACCCUGCAAUGAAAAUAUUAUACAAUUUUACCUUUGUUGUAUACAUGGUUAAGUCAAGGUAGAUUGUGCAGUCUAAUGUAGGCACAGGCAUUAGUUAGAGCUGGUCAGGAAUGGAAGUUUAGCACAUUAACAUGAUCUUGGAAUGUACUAGGUGAUGCAGAUAUUGGAGUUAGAUAUUAAUGUAUUCAUAAGGCUUAGAUGAAACGUUAGAGAGAGACAUAUGUUCGGCUCCUGAAUUCACAGUAGCUAUGUCGAUGAGUGGAUUUGAGGCGGUGUCAAUAGGGGACACGAAACGCUUCGAGUGCCAAGUCAUUGCCUUCCCACUCCCCACCAUAACCUGGUACAAAGAUGAUGUAGAAAUCACUAACAACCCACGCUACAAAGUUGGAUUCACUAGUGCUGGUGUUAUUUCUCUCUUGAUUGAGAAUGUAAAGAAGAGUGAUGCAGGGUUAUACAGGUGUCAGGCCACUAACUCUGAGGGCAAUGCCUCAACCUGUGCCCUGCUCAUUGUCAGAGAUGGUGGUGUUGAGCUGAGACAAGUCUAUGUGGAAGGACAGCAGUCUACUGCCAUACAAAAUGGAACAGAACUUGACAUACAAGAGGAGGAAAUUACUAUCAAGAAAACAGUCCACACGGAGGAAAGUUCCGUGAUCACCACUUCUGAGGAGGGAAUGAGAAAGCGUGAAGAGACAAUAAUCAUCAAUGGAGACAUUUCCACUGAGGAAAAAGUUAAACAAGAUGAACAAGAUUCUGUCAGAGCAAGAACUGAUGUAUCAGUGGAUGAAUCAACAAACUCCAAAGAUGAAUCAGACGGCCUCAAAAUCCAGGCAGAUGUAGAUGUGGAUGAGCAGAAAAAGCAGUCGGCAAUAGAAGCUUUAGAUGCCUUGGUCCUUGCCACAAGUGAGGAGUCCAAGGGGACUAAAGACAAUAAAGAAGACAAUUUGAAACUAACAACUAAUGUUGACACUAAUGAAACAUCAGUUAACAAUGUAAAUGACCAAGAUGAUAAUCAAAAAAUUACUGCUGAUGUUGAUAUAGAUGAAUCAAACAAGAAGAAUACAUCUGAUAGUCUCAGGAUAACUGCUGAUGUUGAAACAGAUGAAACAAAGAAGAAGGAUGCUAUUGAUGCCCUUGAUGCACUCGUGUCUUUAACCACAGAUGAACAGAAAUUCCAUCAACAAGAUGAGAGCAUCACUGCUGAAAUAAUUGAAGAGACUACUGAUAGACAAUCUAAUGAAGUUACAGAAAGUCAUGUUAGUGAAACAGUCACUGUCAAUGAAGUCCAACAAAAGAUAUCUGCCAUGAGUGAAGAGAAAUCUAUUGUCAUAACAUCAGAACAUGUUGUGGAAUCUAGUAGGAAAGAAGUGAACUCUGAAGUAGUGAAUGAAUCAGUAACUGAGGACUCUACCACAAAGAGAAAGUUCUCAAUGACAGCUACUGAAAAACAUAUGAAGGUUACCCAGGAGACUACAAGCAACAAGAAUAAUGCAGGAUUUGAAUCUGCUAUUGCUAAUGAAAAACUCACUGAAGACGCAGCAACUGAGAAAAUAACCAUGCAAGCAAGUGAGAAGAUGCUACACGUUGCUUCAGAAUCCACCAAGGAAUCAGCAAAGAAAGACAUUGAUGUACAACAAGGUAGCCUCACUCCAGUAGAGGAGAAAACAAAUUUUAAUUUUAUUGCUAUAACAACAGAGGAAAAAUCUGUUCAACAGCCAGAAGAGAUAACAGAGGAGAAAAAGAUGGAGUUUGCCAUAGAGGAAGCUCUCAGUGGUAUUGUUGACAAUGGAAAUCUGGUGUCACAUGUGGAAGUGACCACCAAAGAGGAAUCCUUAAUUCAUGUGUCAGAGGAUACCACUGUGUCUCAGUCAACUGACUUAGUUGAGGAUAAUGCUACACAGGGGGAGGAAGACACAAUGAUUAAAGAACUAGAUGAAGACAAGCGUGACGAGACAGUAAUUAUCAAUGGGGACAUUUCCACUGAAGAAAAGGUGAAGCAAGAUGCCCUAGAAGCUCUCAAAGCCCUAGCAGAUGUCACAGUAGAUGAAUCCUCCACCUCUAAAGAUGAUGCAGAUGGCCUCACUCUCCAAGCAGAGAUAGAUGUGGAUGAGCAAAGGAAGCAGUUGGCUAUAGAAACAUUAGAGGCCUUGGUCAUUGCCACAAGUGAGGAGUCUAAGGGGUCUUCAGAGGAAGAUGUCCCAGAGAUCACCGUGGAGACGGUCACUAAACCAUGUCUUGUAGAGGGACCAGGGGACAUUACAGUCAAAGAGGGAGAAACAAUCACAAUAACAUGCAAAAUCUCAGGCAUCCCACCACCUGAGGUAUGUUGGUUCAAACAUGGGGAACUCCUGAAGUCUGCAGACAGAGUCAGUGUUACACACAAGGAAGAUACCUAUACCAUAACAAUCAUCAAUGCAAGAGGGGAAGACACUGGGGAGUAUACUCUCACUGCAACUAACCCUGAUGGCAACAUAUGUGUGGUCAUCAGUGUUCAUGUGGAGGAAGAGGAGAAGAAGGUUCCUGAAGAGGACCUGCCUGAAUUUAUAAGCAAACCUGCCUCUGGGUCUGUAUUGGAGUUUGACAACAUCAAAUACUCUGUUGUUAUAAAAGGUGAUUCUGACAUUGUGAUCAAAUGGUUCAAAGAUGGGAGUGAACUAAAGCAUGGGUUCCAUGUUAAGAUGUACACACGUGGUGAAAGACAUUACCUGGAGAUUCCCCAUGCCUCUCUAGCUGACAGUGGGGAGUUUACUGUGACAGCUGAGAAUUCCGCUGGAGCCAUCUUCCAUGCAUGGAACCUGGUUGUCCAUGAAGAAGCCAUUGAAGACACUGGGACUGAGGCAGAAACCACUGAUGGGCAUACAGAAGACAUUGGAUCCUCCACUGCUGAUGAUCUCGCAAUUUUGGACAGAUUGGAGAACCAGAUCUCAGCUGAGUUGUCCAAGAUGGAGGAGAGAGAUGAAGAUGGUAUGCUGUUCAAAGAGUUUAUUGUCAUAGAGAGCCACAUGGAUGUGGUGAAGAACAUCAGCUUUGAUGAGGAUGAUGUUGUGGAGGUCAUGGACACAGAUAUAAAGGAGAAGUGGUUGGUUAGAAAGCAGGAUGAAAAGAAUAAGAUUGGCUAUAUCCCUGUGUCAAAGCUAAGGAGCAAGGAUUCAAUGGAGAAGGAAAAGGAGAACAAGCUGAAGGAACUCUCCUCUGGAUUAGAAGGUGCAUUAGAUCAGAAUUCACUCAAACCAAAUGAGUUAGAGUCUCCUGAAAAAUCUCCAGAAUCCAGACGUCGUGGCAAACUUUCCCGUUCUCCCAGUAAACGUCUCAGCUCUACGGAGAAGGAGGAUUCAGAUGAGGACCUUGAGAUCUUUGGCAAGAGUUUCCCUGUGUAUGUUGCAAUAUCAGACUACACUCCCCCUGCUAGUGAGAAAGAGGGGAUCAAGCUGACAGAAGGGCAGUUUGUAUGUGCCUUAGAUACUAGGAGUAGAGAUGAGUGGCUGGUGAGAACCAAGCCAAGCAAGCUCAACCCUGCCAAGCAAGGAUGGGUCCCCUCAAGUGUACUUGAGAAAAAGGAGGGAGGCGGGCAUGUGGAUAGGCGGUCUACCAGGGAAGUGGUUAAAGAGGAUAUCAUACAGAUAACAAACAAGAACCAGGAAUCUAUGGUAAAGCGCCGCUACACCCUCACUGAGCUGAUUGAGACAGAGAGGGACUUUGUCAAAGAUGUAGAGUUUACCAUGGAUAACUACCACAAACUUGUGGAAUCCAAGGAACUGCCUCAAGAACUUGUUGGUAGUGAGGAAGUAAUAUUUGGAGGUCUACCCCAAAUCUAUGAAUUCCACAAUGAGAACUUCCUCCAGGAUCUAACACAGUGUACAUCAGAUCCCUCUAGUGUUGGCAAGACCUUCAUCAAGUGGAAAGAUGAGUUUGAGAAGAGCAUACCAUAUGUACAGAACAGGAACCCUGCAAAUACACUGUUAGACACUGAUCAGACUAGAUCGUUCUUUGAUGAGUAUAACAGGUCAAUUGGAAGCCCUGAGGUGACAAUAGAACAAUCUCUUAACAAGCCAGUAGCCAGACUGGAACGCUAUCAGGUCUUGCUGAAGGACUUUGUGCGGUACACCUCACGUGCUGGGGAGGAGACACAGGAGAUAGAUGAAGCUAUUAAGAUGCUAGCUAAUGUUCUUAGAGAGGGAGAUGAUCAGUAUUUGCUAAGCAAAAUAGAUGGCCUACCAGGGGACUUACAGCUUGGACAAUGCAUAAGACAUGAGGACCUUUUACUAUGGGACACAGCAGACACAUCAGGAAGAGGAAAGGAGAGAGUUGGUUUCUUGUUAGAUGACAAGUUACUUCUUGUAAAGAGGAAGAAGCCAGAGACAGAUCAAGAAGGACCCUCCUUCCAAUUUAAGUCAGUCGUGGAUAUUAAUGAUAUCCAGUUGAAUGACUUUGUUCUUGAUGAUGAGAAGCGCUUUGAGUUGUGGUAUGCAACUUCCACCUCUGAGAAGAUCACUUUCCAAGCUAUCAAUGUCUAUUCUAAACAUGCCUGGUGCCAUGAUAUUAGAAAGGCUAUGAAGAAACUUGGCAUUGAUGAGACAGACAUCCCUGUGGAACUGCAAGAGGAGGCUAUUAUGCGCCAAAAGUCUCCCCCAGUGGCCAGCCCCAAGAAGAGAUCACCCCCUGCGCAACCAAAGAUAGAUGAGGCUUCAGAGUCUGAGGGAGGCUUCAGAAUUACUGCCACUAGUGAUACCAAUGCUGAAGAGUAUUUCACAAUGGACUCUUAUGACAGUGAUGUGAGUAGUUACCAUACUGCAACUGAGAUGGAGGAGCAAGGGAAACCUAUGUUCAAACAGAAAAUCAAAAAGCUUAUCUGUCAAGAAGGGGAAACCGCAAGGUUUGAGUGUGUGACAUUCGGUCAGCCUCAACCUGAAGUUCAAUGGCAGACCAAUAGAGGCCCUGUAGAAACAUCUGAUGCUUACCAGUGUGAAAAUAAGGGGGAUGAAUUCUCUCUCACAAUCAAGGAAGUGAAUAAAGAGGAUGCUGGUCUUGUCACUGUCAAGGCAACUAAUAAGUUUGGUUCUGCUACCUGCAAUGCUGAACUCACUGUCAUUGAAGCUCCUGUAAUAGAGAGAUCAGUAAAGCCAGAAUUCACCGAGACCAUUGAAGAUCUUCCUGAUGUUGCCCAGGGCACAACUGCUGAAUUCAAGGUCAAGGUCAAUGCCUUCCCUGAUGCUGAUAUUUCAUGGUGCAAAGAUGAUGUGUUGCUCAAAGAGGAUGAAUCAGGUCACUUUACUUUCUCCCAUGAGGAAGAUGUGUACUC